GCGUGCUGCCUUUAGCCGGGGAGUUGGCAGCUCCCCUAGUGGAAAGCGUUUCCUAGUAAAGCCUUUUCCAUAAGGGCAGAGACUGGUAGUGCUUUGUCAUCAGCUAGUGAAAGAGGUACAGAAUGGCUUACAGCGUGACUCUGAAUGGACCUGGACCAUGGGGUUUCCGACUGCAAGGCGGCAAGGACUUCAACAUGCCCUUGACCAUCUCCAGAAUCACCCCUGGCAGCAAGGCAGCCCAGUCGCAAAUGAACCAAGGGGACCUUGUGGUAGCCAUUGAUGGAGUCAACACUGACAGCAUGACCCACUUAGAGGCCCAGAACAAGAUCAAGUCAGCUAGCUACAAUUUGAGCCUCACUCUUCAGAAAUCUAAACGUCCAGUGCCAGUUCCAACCACAGCACCCAGAAUUGACUCUCCCCGGCCUGUAAUUCCCCACCAGAAGGAACCUUCUUGGGAAAUCAGUGGCAACAGAACAACCUUCAGUCCUCUAACUAACACGGCGACUGGGCCUAUGGGUAGUAUUUUAGCAACCAAUGGAGCGUUUUCAGGCUACCUCAGCAAGCAAGAUAUCAGCCUUUCAAAUAGCUCUUCCUACUUAAAGACUACCACAGUUAGAUCUUCCAUGUCCUCUCAGUCUGUGACUCCUGACAUUUCACCUGCAAAGAGUAAUAUAGGUUCAAAACUAAGCCCUGUAUUCGCUGAGGGCAAUAGUCCUAAACACCAACUGAGCCCUGCAAGGCAAUAUAACAACCCUAUUGGCCUUUACUCAGCAGAGACUCUAAGGGAAAUGGCUGAGAUGCAUAAAUUAAGUCUGAAACGAAGGGCUUCGGAAGGUGGACUUCCUAGAGGUACUCUUCCAAUUAAAGAUCCUCACGUAGACAGUGCCUCUCCCGUGUAUCAGGCUGUGCUUAAGACUCAGAACAAGCCAGAAGAUGAAACUGAAGACUGGAGUCGCCGUUCUGCCAAUCUGCAGUCCAAGUCUUUCCGCAUCCUUGCCCAGAUGACAGGAACGGAGUACAUGCAAGAUCCAGAUGAAGAAGCCUUGAGGAGAUCAAGAGGCAAGGAAAAUGUUGCAAGAGCAUCAGAAAACAGUACCCCUGUUGAGCAUGCUCCAGUGUCUACCAGCUCUGCCUCUGCUCCUGUGCCACAUGCUUCAGCACAUCAGCCUGCUACUGCUGCUCAAAAUCCAGCCAGUCUGAUGACUCCGCUACCAGCAACCACUCCCACUUCAGUAGUGCAGGAGUCCUUCUCAUCCUCCUUCCAAAGUUUCAACCGGCAUUCUUCCACCUCCAUCAGCUACCAGUCGAAAAAGAGAAACACAAGCCAAUCCUAUGUACCAGCACCAGUUUCUGCAAGUUAUGGUGAAAGUCCUGCUUCUACUACUUCAAAACCAAGGGUUGUCACUACUGCCAGCAUAAAACCCUCUGUCUACCAGCCAGCACCAGCACCAGUUCAUUCCUACACCCCUGCCAAUGCUGAGCCUGCAAGCCGCCCUCCGUGGGUAACAGAUGACUCCUUUUCCCAGAAAUAUGCACCUGGAAAAACCACUACCACUGUCACCAAGAACAUCCUACCACGGGGUGCUCCAGUACCAUCUCCUGCCUCAACUUCCACUUACCCAUCUCCAGUUUCAGCUUCUUCCCAGGCUCCUGCAAUAGCCCGGGGAACAAUUCAGAGGGCUGAGCGUUUUCCAGCCAGCAGCCGAACUCCUCUCUGUGGACACUGUAACAGCAUAAUUCGGGGUCCUUUCCUGGUAGCCAUGGGUCGCUCUUGGCACCCAGAAGAAUUCAAUUGUGCUUACUGCAAGACAUCCUUGGCUGAUGUGUGCUUUGUGGAAGAGCAGAAUAGUGUAUACUGUGAGCGCUGUUAUGAGCAGUUCUUUGCACCAACCUGUGCAAGAUGCCACACUAAGAUCAUGGGGGAGGUGAUGCAUGCCCUACGACAGACUUGGCACACAAGUUGCUUUGUCUGUGCUGCUUGUAAGAAGCCGUUUGGGAAUAGCCUCUUUCACAUGGAGGAUGGAGAGCCUUACUGUGAGAAAGAUUAUAUUGCUUUGUUCAGCACAAAAUGCCAUGGCUGUGAUUUUCCUGUUGAAGCUGGAGAUAAAUUCAUUGAAGCCCUUGGACACACUUGGCAUGAUACUUGCUUUAUUUGUGCUGUAUGCCAUGUGAAUUUGGAAGGCCAACCAUUUUACUCCAAGAAGGAUAAACCACUGUGCAAGAAGCAUGCCCAUGCCAUCAACAUCUAAAGGAGGAGCUGGAAGCCAGUUAUGCUAGGGAAAAAUUUAUGACUAACUGGGCAAUUAUGAAAUGGAUAACUAUGGCUAGUAUUUCUCUGGGUAAAAGCUGGGAAGUUGACGCUUCUGAAGUUUAAUUUUAACCUCUUUCAUAUAUGCAGAACAUGCUUUGGUAUGGUUCAUACAAAAAGCUGCUGAAUUAACAAUCAAAACAAAUGAACCACUUCAAAAGAGAUAUAGUGCAACAGCCAGGGGAAAAUAUUGAAAUUACCCAAAAACUAUAAUAUAAAAGAUAAUACACAAAUACAGUUUCAAAUGAACUACCCAAAGUAGCUUUACUGCUUAGACCACACACUAGUGUUUAAGAAUAGCUGGAAGAGUUCUUUUUGUAGUAAGUCAUUUUUUUCUGUGACAAGAAUGAGUAAGUGCCACAUGUACAAUAAUCUGUAGAACCAAAGGCAAUAGCUUUCAAAGGGAAAUAAGUAAUUAGGAUUUCUUCACUGAAAAGUGAGGGCUAUUCCGUUAUGUUAUGGUGCUACCUCAUAGCAUCAAACAUUAUUUAGAUUCUUUCCAAACAAGAAGUAUGCCUUGAAUCCAUAUGCAGCUGAGAAGCUAAGGAGACAAUGGGUAACUUAGUUUCAGAAUAAAGUGCAAACAGAAUUAACUCCAUCCACGCCCCAGUAGGACUGAGAAAAGUAUUUUGGGUUUACCUUGUCAGUGCACUUGGCUUGUAUAUGAACAGUAGAUUACCUCACUUGCAAAUCAUAAUGGAAAAGGGCAGCUGGCUUUCUCCAAUGUGCUCUUAAAUUGAAUGGAACUUGGGUUGCUGUAAAGGAGCUAUUUUUUAAUUCAAACCUGAUUCACCCUUCCUCUUGGGAAACCAAGUUCACAGAGUUGCUUAGGUGUCUAAUUCCUAUUUAUUUCAAUAAGAGAUAGGAAUCUACAUCUUGAGUUUCGCAUUAAUGAACACUGAAGACACACCUCCAUUGAGCACAGGCUGGAAGUGGGAGGUAGCUUGCAAAAGUUCCCUACUGUGUCUCCACAUAGUUAGAAAAAGAGCAUCUUCAUUUUUGCUGUAGUAAAUCAACACUGAUGUAAAACUCACAGGGCAGCACAAUACCACAGGUACGUGCUCUUUAUUAUUUUUAUUAAUGUAAAUGCAACAUAUCCUGAAUUGUGUUGCAUGUGCCACUGUAAGACAGCAGCUAGGCUCUGACACAUAGGCUAACCAGUCAUCUCUCCUAAUAUUUUUAAAAUUUCUGUUGUUCAAACAGUUACUUAUAAAACAUAUUUUUGCAAAAGACAGCAGUAUUUUUAUUAUUGAUAACUUUUAAAUAUUGGUGACUUGUGUAACAGACAGCAGUCCUAUUGAACAGAAAAUAGUGUUAAAAUGGAAAGUUUGAUCACUAAUCAGGUUUUAUUAAUUUAAGUGAGAACUGUGAUUUUGUACUGACAGCUUACAGUUUAAAGUUAUUACUUACUGGGCUUCAGCUACCCAAAGGUACAUUCUGUGGUACCCAUUCUGGUGCGAUCUGCAUCCUAUUGUACCUUGUAGUUUUGAAUAACAAUGAGUGACUUAGCAUUCUCUCUUCCCCUCUGUAAUGUGUAAUGCCCUUUUUAAGAAAGUCACCAUGUCUUUUAGGGUUAAAAAGCUUGUGGGAGGAGAGGGAAGGAGGAAAUAGAGGAAAUCCGGGGAUCUAAUGUGUAAGUUAAACCUUAUUUGCAGGCAGUUCAUGUCUUGGAAAAAAAUAACAAACUAAAGCUGCAUGUGGCAGUUUUGACAUGUGUGAUCUGUAUUUCUUCUGUAGGUACCUUACUUCUCACUGAUGCUAGCAGUAAUCUGACCUCAGUGCUAGAGAGUAGUUUUUUUAAUGUAUGAAUUAUUCUAAAAGAGUACACAUUAUGUACAAAGUCCUUUUUUUUUCUCUCUUUUCCCUAUAGUAAACAAAUUUUCUGUUUUCACUUAGUGCUGAGCUGGUGUAAAUAUGGUUCCAUUGAUUACAUAAUCCAAAGAUCUGGCUCAUAGUAUUUUCCUUUAGAAUAAAGUAUGAUCGUGGAAACUGAAUCAUUUUUCAUUCAGAUUUGACUGCAUUAAGUAGCUUUUUGUAAGAAUGAGGUAAUUUUGUAUUUCCUUUUGUUUCUGAAUAUCACUCAACAAAAGAUGGAGUUUAUUAUUCUCUAUCACUUAGAGAUAGAAUAAGUUACAGCAUGUUAUUAUGUACUAAGCCUGUACUGAAGAUGCUCUUUUAGGCAGUUUCUGUGUUACCUACUGACUGGGGCUAGUUUCUUCCCACAUGCCAACAUCACAGGUUCUCAAAACAGGAGUCAGGCUCCUUUAGGAGAAUAUGAAAUGCCAGGGUGUGUGAUGCCUCAGGAGACUUUCAUCAGAUCUUCUGCCUCUAAUCUGUGUGUGUGUGUGUCUGUGUGUCUGUGUCCAGCUCUCCCUCUCCACCUUCCCCUCUGCGAAGUCCCUGAAAGUUUGCUCUUCACUGAGCAAAUCACUUUGAGGAGAUGGUCAGAGAAGGCAGCAGUAGGGCUGGGGCUGCCUCUGUUCCCCAUUUGCCCCCUCCCUGUUACCCUGCAGUUGUAAGAUGGGGCAUGAGCAGGAAGGGGUGCCAGCAAGAACUGAGGGGGCUGCUCUUCCUCCUCCUGAGAUAGCCCAGGACUGAGCCCAGGCUGAGGUGGCACAGGUCAGGCUGUGAGGAGUUGAAGUGGACAGGAGUAGGCAUGGGGGGGGUCCUUCAGGGGUCCUGUGUCGGCAGGGGAAGCCGGGGCUAGCUGCGAGUGGGAAGAGGACUGUGGCUGGCAGCCAGAAGGCAAGGCUCUGAGGCCUCUGGUUGAGUACAGAAAGCUGAGGCUUUGAAAAGGCCGGGGGAAGCCCUUACUAAAGCUGGGGUUGGGGGGUGGAACCUAGCCCGUACCAAAGCUGGUAAGGCCAGUUUCACUAACUCUUGAGAUGUUAGAUACUGAAGGGGAGAGGGGAAUAGCCAGGAUGACUUACUGCAUUCAGAGAAGGGGCUUGGAACAAGAAAUUGGGGUGCAAGGAGCUCACGGUAGACCAGAGAUAGAGUAUGGAUGGGUAUAUAUGGGAUGAGCAAGGACCUAAUCCAGCAUGUUUAAAGCCAGUAUGGCAGAGGGGCGAAUGGAAUAGGCCUAGGCAUAGCUGAAGUAGCUGGCAGAGUGGCAACCAUGAAAAUGCAGCAGCACGGACUUUAGGAGCCUUGCUAACUUGUGAGGGUCCUGAAAAUUUCCUUAGACAGCUAACCUGCGCUGUAAUGCAUGCCUUGCAUUACAGCUGAUGUCUCAGCCAGUGAGACUGAAACUAGUUUACAUAUCACUAUAUGAGGUAUAGUGAUAUUUCUGAAUGAAGAACAGAGAUACCCUGAGGAAUAUCAUGUAAUAAUUUUCUGUUUUGACUUGUGCUGCUUCAUAAUGUGGUCCGCAAAUUGGACUCGCCCUUGAUAUCUAUAUUAAGAUAUAUUUUUUGCACAUACCUGAACCAGAAAUUUAUGAAUAAUAAUGUAGUAUUUUAACUCUCGUAUAGGUUGGAUACCACAUAACUGCUGAUACUCUUCUGCCAGCUGUCCUGUGUGUGAUAUGAGGGGGGUGAAGAUACACACAUACAGAAUAUAAAAUAAGGCCCUUGUUUCAGCUAUCACUGAACAUAUAAAUGGUGUUCAAAAAUAUUGUUUGCAAGAUGAAUAAUGUGUGCUUGUUUAUGUUUUAUGUCUUGUAAUAGAUGCCUGGAUUAAGUCAUAAGUUCAUCUAAAUAUUUUUUUCAUUAUAAUUCACGUGGGGCUUUACAUAAUAAAACAAAGAUACUGCACCUCUGAAUGAUCAAAUAAAAGGACCUGAUUUAAAAAGUGAUCAAUAUCUUUUCAGUCAAAGGCUUCGAAAGUCAUCUUAAUGCUUUUUUUCUGUUCUUUGGUAUUUUUGAUUUUUUUUCCCCCAGAACAAGGUGGAUUAAACAUCUCCAAAGAUGACUUUGCUUUUAUUAUUUAAAAAACCAACUGCUCUGACUACUCUCAGAAAUUAGUUUUUGGUAUAUUGGAUUCACUCAUUGCACAUUUCUAAAAUCAAUUCAAAAUAAGGAAAAAUACUUUAUUUUGGUCCUUCACUGGUCAGUAACUUGGGUGAAAUGUUUUGUUAUAAUUAUUUGUAUUUAUAUUUAAUAAAGUGAAUGUCACAGCACUAAACAUACCUACUAGUGUCUAAUGCUGGGCACGCUAAUGUUUAUUUGCAAUACUUGUUUCCUGGUAGCAAAUACUAAUUUGUUUAGUAUUUAUAAACAUCAGAAUUUGAAACUGAGUGAUUUGUUGCCUGCAGUGAUCAUAAUAGAAGUCUAGGUUUUAAAAUAAUUGAAAUGUUGACUUGAUACCACAAGUGCCCUUGUUUUUAGAUACAUAUAUAUAUAUAAUUUUCUAAGUUCCUAGUUACUUCAGAAACAGAGUGUUGUGUGGUUUAUGAGGUGUGAGUAACUGUACCUUGCAUGGGUUAUCUAUGCCAACAUGAAUAAAACAGUCUAGUUAUAAAAGGAAUAUGCAAAUACAUUUAGAAUUUUAUGAUUUGGGCAUAUUUAUUAAUAUGGCAUGUGAACAGCUGACAGACUUCAGCCAUGUAGUACUGAUAAGAAAGCAUACACAAGCUUGUAUUCUCUAUUUCAGACCUUAAAAGACAAUAAAAAGCACUGGUUUCAACUUUU